AUGGCCGAAAUUCGUUCUUCAGACAACAGAUCGCUCUUCGCACGGAAAAAAACAAAGCAGAAGGAGGCGGACAGAAAACAAGAGCGGGUAGAAGCCAGUCGAGAGCGGGCAGAAGCUCAUCAAGAGCGGGCAGAAGCUCAUCAAGAGCGGGCAGAAGCUUGUCAAGAGCGGGCAGAAGCUUGUCAGGAGCGGGUAGAAGCUAGUCAAGAGCGGGAAGAAGCCAGUCGAGAGCGGGAAGAAGCCAGUCGAGAGCGAGCAGAAGCUAGUCGCGAACGGACAGAAGCCAGUCAAAAGCAGGCGGAUGAAGAGAAACAGGACCGGGAACACACUCGACUAACGAAUUUUGGAGACUUUUUGCGCCAUUGCCAUACUUACCAUCCCGACCGGUGA